AUGGAGUCCAUCUUUACUUCGAAUGACAUUGUGGUAGUCAGCAAGACGUCUUGUCCUUAUUGUAAGGCGGUCAAGGCUUUGCUGACAGAAGAAUUGAACUUGACGCCCAAAAUCUUGGAAGUCAAUGUGGAAGGCCCCGCGGCCCUGGAGUACGCCAAGAGUAUCACUGGAAUCAGUACAGUCCCUCAAGUCUUUGUGGAGAACAAGUUUGUGGGCACUCAUGACGACGUCAUGUCUCUCGAUGCCAAGGGCCAGUUGGAACCGUUGGUAAAAAAAUUCAUGAAGGGACCUCGCAAAGCCAAGACGGCUUCCAGUGGCACUAGUGGAACCCUGCUCUGGUUUCCCCCCAAAGUCAACAAAUCGGCCAUUCGGACCACCGGAGUGUUGAGUUGUGGGAUUGCCUUGACAUCGGCCGUCCUCAUGUACCAAAAUCCACAAGAUCCCACGCCUGGCUAUAUUGCGGCAGGACUCUUUGGAGAUUACACACUCCGCUUCAUGGCCGGAUCCAAAUUCAGUCCAGUGGCUCAACUAGGAGGAAUGCUAGCAUCAUCCAUGGAUGUGAUUUUCCGUCCGGGAGCUCCCAAACAAUUCGCCACGGUCUGUGGAAUGAUGUUUAGUGGCUUGGGAGCGGCCAUGUUUUUGAAUAACAGUGCCGAAAUUGGAUGUGGGUUCAUGAGUGUCCUGGCACUUUGUGCUGGAAUGGAAGGAUUCCUAGACUUUUGUUUGGGCUGCAAAUUCUAUGCCAUUGGAGAAUUCCUCUUUGGGGGAUCUGCAAAAGCUACCAAGACUGCCUAA